UGUAACAUUUACUUGAUUUAUUUUGCAGACAAGAUUCAAUUAUAUCAACAAAAAAUGCAGACAUUAAAUUAACAUUGUUGGUGUUUAGUCGUUGAUUUUGUGCCACUUUACUGCAAGGACGUGAUCUUUUGCAUUGCCAACCUAACAAAUAAUCAAAUUACUUCCACAACAAAACGGUCGUGGCUGUUUAUCCAAUUUAACCAUUAUCAGUAUUAUCAUUUGCAUUUAAUUGAUUUUCAUUGUCAAAAAUCGCCUAUUAGUGCCUCCUUUACCUUUUGUGUUAUUUUCGUAAGUUGGCAAUAUUUGCACCCUUGGGGGCUGAUCAUGGAGACACCCCUCGAGGACGAUGUCCUCGACGAAGACAAUCAAGACUUCUUCAUAAAUUUCACCCCUGAAGUCCAAAAGGCAAUCGACGAGGUUUUACCCAGUAAAGACCCUCUGGACGAACCAGACUUCAACAGCAUCGACUACAUCAACUCCCUUUUCCCCACGGAACAAUCGCUUUCGAACAUCGAUGAAGUCGUCACCAAAAUGGAAAAUAAAAUCCAGUCUAUCGACAACGAAAUCAGCACUGUGGUACGAGGGCAAAUCACCGCAAGUCAAGAUGGCCGUCAAGCCCUCGACGAAGCGCAAAAAGUCAUCAAACAACUGUUCCAACACAUAAAAACCAUCAAAGAAAAAGCGGAAAAGUCUGAGGAGAUGGUUAGGGAAAUUACACGUGAUAUCAAACAGCUGGACUGCGCUAAAAGAAAUUUGACAUUGGCGAUAACUACGUUAAACCAUCUCCAUAUGUUGGUAGGGGGCGUUGAUACUUUAAAGUUGCUCACACAGAGGCGUCUUUAUGGUGAAAUCGCCCUUCCACUUCAAGCAAUCAGUGAAGUGAUGACUCACUUUGAAAACUACUCUGAUAUACCCCAAAUCAAGAAUCUGAGUGAUCAAGUAAAGUCAAUUCAUGUGGAGCUUGCCGAGCAAAUCACGCAUGAUUUUAAGGAGGCUUUUUCCGGCAGCAACAAGAGUUCUAUUCCUAAUAAACAACUAGCACAGGCUUGUCUGGUUGUGUCAAUUUUAGAUCCGAAAGUUAAACGCGAUUUAUUGAAGUGGUUUGUAAAUCUGCAACUUCAGGAGUACAACCACUUGUUUCAAGAAACGGAAGAUACGGCAUGGUUGGAUAAAAUCGACAAAAGAUACGCUUGGAUCAAACGUCAUUUACUAGAGUUUGAAGACCGUCUGGGGAAUCUUUUCCCACAAAACUGGGAAGUCUCAGAACGAAUAGCGGUUCAGUUUUGCCACAACACGCGAGAAGAACUCUCUAAAAUUAUGAUGAAACGAAAAAGCGAAAUUGACGUAAAGUUACUACUAUACGCGAUACAGAAAACUUCGACUUUUGAAACUUUGCUCUCUAAACGCUUCACUGGGAUUACGUUAAAAGACGACGAAACUGAUACUGAAACAGAUUUGGUUAGAUCACCCUUCACGGGUUUAAUAGGCAACUGUUUUAUCCCCCACUUAGAAAUCUACAUUGAAAGUAUAGAUAGAAACUUGUCAGAUUUAAUUGAGAGGUUUGUUCAAGACUCAAAGCAAACCCAACCCACGGAAGCUACAGAAACUCAAGCUUCUAUUCUUCCUUCGUGUCCCGAUUUGUUCGUAUUUUACAAAAAAAGCAUGAUUCAGUGCACGCAGUUGGACAAUGGGCAGUCAAUGUUAAACCUUACUAAAACCUUCCAGAAGUAUUUACACGAAUAUUCUGAAAAACUCCUCCAAAAUAAUUUACCCAAAAUAGAGGCACAGAGUCUCGGAACGAGUGUUCAAUUGUUGACGCGCGAUCUCCAGAAAAUGUCGACUUCCGGCCUCAUUCAGAACUUCUCGUCUCUUUUGAAAGAAGGCGAGCUUACGAGAUUCAAUAAAGACGAGUUGGCUAAGAUCUGUUGUAUAUUGUCUACUGCUGAAUAUUGUUUAGAGACCACUCAGCAACUAUCUGAUAAGCUUAAGGAGAAAAUCGACCCAUCGCUGGCCGACCAAAUCGAUCUGUCAAAAGAACAAGACAACUUUCAUAAAGUCAUUUCCAACUGUAUUCAGAUUUUGGUGCAAGACUUAGAGAAUGCGUGUGAGCCAGCUCUGACGACCAUGAGCAAGAUCCAAUGGCAGAAUGUAGAUACCGUGGGCGAUCAAAGCCCCUACAUCACCGCCAUCACGACCCACUUCAAAACCACUAUACCUAUAAUAAGGGACAACUUGUCCCACUCGCGCAAAUAUUUUACACAAUUUUGCAUAAAAUUCGCUAAUUCGUUUACUCCGAAAUUUAUUCAAAACAUCUACAAGUGUAAACCGAUAAAUACCGAAGGCGCCGAACAAUUGCUUUUAGAUACUCAUAUGUUGAAAACAGUAUUGUUAAAUUUACCGUCGAUUUCGUCGCAAAUUAAUCGACAAGCUCCCGCUUCGUAUACUAAGGUGGUAACUAAAGGGAUGACCAAGGCCGAGAUGAUCCUAAAGGUUGUGAUGACCCCUGUUGAUCCGUCAAAGGCUUUUGUGGAACAGUACAGGAAGUUAUUGCCAGAAUGUCAACUGAAUGAUUUUUAUAAAAUUUUGGAUAUGAAGAGCGUGAAGAGGCAGGAGCAGGCGGUUUUAGUUGAAGUUUUUAAAGCGUAUAAGGCUUAAAGAGUAGUCAAAUAGUGCAGCAAUCUUACAUUCCGUUAUAUAGCAUGAUUGUGAUUUUCUUUAAUAAAUAUAGACUUACCAGAGUUA